ACCCUUCGAGAUGGAAACUAUGGAGAUUGGCUCGAUGAGAUGAGCAACGCGCUUUAUGCGAAAAACAAGUUCGGCUUCGUGAAUGGUGAUAUUCCGAUGCCCAAGUCCGACUCACCAUACUUCCCAUAUUGGCAACGAGCGAAUGCCAUGGUUAAGGCGUGGUUGAAUAGUAGCAUGGAAAUUGAACUUAGACAAAGUGUAAAGUUCAAAACGGCACGCGAAAUUUGGAUUGAUUUGAAGGAGAGAUUCGAGAAAGAAAGUGCUCCACGUGCUUAUGAGCUUCGAUGUUCCCUUGGUUCAAUCAGACAAAAUGGGCAGUCCAUUUCUGCCUACUUUAGCCAACUACGCCGCAUAUGGGAUGAAAUGUCUUCUAUCAGUGUUCAACCCAAUUGUGCUUGUGGUGGGUGUUCCUGCAACAUCUCUAAACAGCUAACUGAAUCCCGUGAUAGAGACCGUCUUUAUGAUUUUUUGAUGGGUCUCGAUGACGUUUACAGAAACUUGAAAUCUCAAAUCUUGGCCACAAGGCCGGUUCCUACACUCACUGCUUCAUAUCAUCUUAUUUCGGAAAGUGAGCACCACCUAUCUAUUGCAUCCACCCGCAAACCAGGAGUUGAUGGCACAGCAUUUUACACACAUCCAAAAAGGGACACCAUCAUCGAUCGCCGCUCAAGCAUAAAGGAUGGAGGCAGGUCUUGUACUCACUGUGGAAGAACUAAUCACACGUAUGAUAGUUGCUUUGAGAGGAUUGGUUACCCACCCAAUUGGAACCUUAGAAAUAAGGAUAAUAAAAUUGGUGGAGGAGUGGUCCCAUAUCAACGUAAUAACGUGAUUCAAGGAACACG